AUGCCAGAAGAGGCAAAGAAGGACGCUGAGUCGAAAGAUGUUGAAAUGAAGGAUGCGAAGGAGGCAGGUAAGGAAGACAAGAAGGAUGCCAAGAAAGAGCCAGAGAAGCCCAAAGAUCCCAGGACGCUGCUCCUGGAAGCAAUCAGCCAGAAUCUGAAGACCAUUUCAGCGGGGGUGUCGGCUGGGGACCCCCGGGUGAUGGGACGCGUGCUGCGCUCCUUUGCGAACCUGCGCCGAACCAUGGAACCCGAGGUCUUGAAGGCCCUGCUGGAGGAAUUCGUAGAUGCAAGCCGGCCUAGCAAGGGCGAGCCAAAGAGCUUCAAAGGGGACGCAGAGACCUUCACGUCGCGGUCCGGUCCUGUUGUUGGAAGCGGCCCUGCAGGUUUCUACACGUCCAAGUACCUCUUCAAGAAGGUAGAGGGCCCGUUGCAGAUCGACAUGUUGGAGCGGCUGCCCACUCCCUUCGGGCUCGUGCGCUUCGGCGUCGCUCCGGACCACCCGGAGGUCAAGAACGUGAUCAACGACUUUACGGCUGUUGCCCAGACGCCGAACUUCCGUUUCUUUGGCAAUGUUGAGGUUGGCAGCGGCGCUUUGUCUUUGCCGGCCCUGCGCAGCAUGUACGAUGCCGUGGUGCUGUGCACUGGCGCCAGCGGUGAGAGGCGGCUCGGCAUCCCAGGUGAAGACUCCGAAGGGGUCCUGGGUGCACCGGCCUUCGUCAAGUGGUACAACGGACAUCCGGACUACCAGAAUCUGAAGGUCCCAGCAGCCGGCGAAGCUGCUGUCGUUGUGGGGCAGGGAAAUGUGGCGCUGGACGCGGCGCGACUGCUGGUGCGAUCUCCGAAAGAGCUUCAGGCAACAGAUAUGCAAGCCUCGGCCGUGGAGCAGAUCGCUGCUUGGCAGGCUGCCGGUCUCCGGGCCGUCCAUGUGGUCGGCCGCCGCGGCUUUGUCCAAGCGGCCUUCACGAACGCCGAGCUGCGCGAGCUGCUCACGUGCAGCGAGGAGGUCCUGCCCGUCGUCGAUCCAGAGGAACUGCAGAUGUGCCGCAACCCGGCCUCAGAGGAGGAGUUGUCCAAGAGCCGCAUGAAGAAGCGGUCCCUGGAGAUCUUGGAUAAGAUGGCCGCCAACUUCGAGCAACGCUCGACCACAAGCAAGCGCGUACUCCAGAUCCACUUCUUGCGAUCGCCGGUGGAGGUUCUGUCAGAGUCGGGCACCGUGCGGGGUCUUCGUUUGGGCCGCACGGCCCUGCAAGGAGAGCCUGGAAAGCAGGUGGCCGUGCCAAGUGAGCUGCCGGCCCUCGAUCUGGCUUGCGGCUUGGUGGUGAGGAGUGUAGGCUUCGACAUCACGCCUUUCGAGGGGCUACCGCUGAGCGACCGCAACAGAGUUCCUCACGUCAACGGGUGUGUGGAGCCACCCGCCGAAAGCCAGGGCGGGCUCUACGUGUCCGGAUGGGUGAAGCGUGGCCCUCAAGGCAUCAUCGCCUCAAACAUCGGCGAUGCCCAGGAGACUGCGUCGAAGAUAGUGAUGGAUGCUCAGGGCAAGCCAGCGAAGGCAUGGCCGGCUGAUCCAUUGCUGGAAGCCCUCGGAGCAUCAGGCGCACGUGUCGUUGAGUUCCGCGACUGGCAGACGCUUGAGGCCGAGGAGCUUCGGCGCGGACAGGAGAUGGGAAAAGCGGCUGCCAAGUUCACGAGCGUGCCCCACAUGCUGCAGUUCCUAGGGAAGGCAUAG